GAAAGUAGUUUAAAUCAGGCCCUAACACUUACACUCCUUGGAAAAUGCAGUAGAAAGUCCUGUCCACGACCACGUGCCCGCAAUCCUCGCACAGGGGCCAUCCAUGAUUAUUGCUCCCUGCGCUGUGCUCAGCAAGCUAAAUAUCUUCCAGAACAAGGGGAUGGUGAAACCACAUCAUGGGAAGGUUGUGAUUCAAAUAUGGAAUUGCUCAUUGCUCUGGAAAUGUCACGUCUUCAAAUGAUUGAAGAUGAAGCAAGACGGAGACUAUCAUUGUUACAGGAACACUCAAGGGAGCAUGGAUGGGAUGGAACUGGGGACCCCAGAAUUGCUCAAGGUUGUAGUGAAGGAACUAGUGGCCAAGGGUCAACCCUUGCAAGCAGCUUUCUUGGUUAUCAGACUACUUACAUUGGUUGUGGAGGUGCUGCCGGGCAGGAUGAAGCCUCAGCUUGGCCUGGUGCUGAUGUGCCUGAAGGGGCUACAUCCUGCCAGCCUACUAGUGCAGAAAUAGCAGUGGACUAUUUCCUAAAAAAGCUUGCAAAUAAGGAGAUCAGUUUAAGAAACCUCAACGUAGACAAGGAUUGGGACAAUAAAGCAGAUAAAGACCUUCUGUGCUUCCCUAAAGCAACUAGUGAAGUAGAAGAUGGUCAUUUUGAGUAUGGGGAUCUUCAUGAAAAUGGCCAUCUUCUAAUUUCAGGUCAUUCUUUAGACCACAGGCGUGACUUGCGUAGAUCACAGUCCUUGGGUGACCUUAAAAAUUCGGAGGAGCCUGAAUGCAUGAUUGAUUCUGACCAUGUGCAUCAGGAUCAUCCUGAAGAAACUGCCAGACUUAGAUUAUCAAAACCAAAGCAGCAAGAAAGUUUGGAUAUGGAAUCAGAAAGUGGUGGGGAUGUUGAAAAUACUGAUCCGGGGGCUGCAUCUGAAAUUAUUGGAGAUAUGGACUCCCCUUUAAUGGAUAUGGAAGUACGUGGUAUUUUAAGUCACCUGGAAAGCCCGAUAGACCAGUGUGGAGGAAGUGGCACUAGUUUAAGUCUUGAUCCUAUGUUUCAACAAGAGCCAUCCUUUCAGUUAAUUGUAGAUGAAGGAACUGAUAAAGAUGAAAGUAAUUCAACUGAACAGAGCAGUAGUGCUCCUUCCAAUGUUAAAGGCCUUAGAAUUCAUAUUUCUCAUUCUUCUAAGCUUGAAAACCAAAGUUCAAAUGACUAUGAAUCUGAAACAGGAAUUCCAAACUCCCCAACCUUGUAUAUUAGUGGGGUGUCCAUUUGUCGAUCACCCGAACCACGUUCCCCAAAGGUUCAGCACAGAGAAACACGCUCACCUAGCUUAACUCUUCCCUUGUGUUGUACCCCAGAACCUAGAUCACGUGUGGAAACACGACUAGAUAUUUCUCCUCUGCCAAUUUAUAGCCGCUCUCGAUCUUCCUCUUUAGUUGUACCUAGUACUGCCAAUUUGUCUUCUCGAGUUUCAGCUCAGCCAAGUGGAACUUGUCUUCACCUAUCCUCCUUAUCCCUCCAGGCUACAAGGGCUACUUCUCCUUUCCUUCUUGGGGAAUUACGUGUUUCUAGAUCAGCAUCGGAGCCUGAAAAAGGACGAUUAGUGUUCCAAUUUCCUAAGUCACCAACAGAUGGUGCGCUUAGUUCAGUGCUACAUGUUGAAGAAUCUACUUUAAGCUCUGAUGACUUUCAUGAAGCUUUGUUUUUAGGGAAGUCUCCUAAGCCAUCAAAAAGAAAAAAAUCUAAGAAAGAAAGGAAUAAAGAUGCUAAAGACAGGGGUAAACUAGAUAAAGACAGUAAAGACAGGAAUAAAGAAAGUAAACAGAAAGAUAAAUCUAAGGAGAAUGGCAAAGAACAAAAAGAAAGAGAAAGAAAAGAAAGUAAAGAAAAAAGGAAAAGCAAAGAACUUGGUUCGGCAGUAUGACCUUUAAUAAAAGUUUGAAUAUUAUUAAUGGAGUAUUUUUCAUGAUUUAUAUAACUUUGUGUAUUGUAAUUUUAAUGGCUGAAAAUUAAUGACACUGUGACUGCCAUUAACCGACUAUGCCAAUUUUAUACCACAACAGCUUUAAAUGAAUGUCCUGGAUUCCUGUAUUAGGAAGUGUUAUAAGGAGCAUCAUUGAAGCUCUUUAGUUGGUUAGGUUAACCUUUAUGUACUGUCCCAGAUGAUAGAAAGCCUUGUGUUUUAUGGGUCAGGUUUGAAUUUACUACAGUACAGUCCUUUUUGAUCACCUUACAAUUUUAUACUGCUGCGUCUUUUGUAACUCAUGCUGUCAUCUCACUUAAUCCAUACCAAUUUUUUCCUCCCUACCUGUGAUAUUGUAGCCAUGAUUAUAGGUCAUGUUUCUAGAUCAUGUUUCUAGAUGAUGUUGCUUUUAAUGUUAUUCUUUUCUUAUGUAAAACUGUCUGUGAUCAUUUAUUUUUUUUCUUUUGUAAUGUUGAUGAACAUACACAAAUGCUAAUCCUGACCAGUUUCAUGUUUGGAGAUGCAUUGGUACUUUUGCAGAUAGAAUUGAUUGCCUUUUGAAGAAUUACAUAGAUCACCCUUACUGAAAUGUAGCUAGGAUUUUGUAAGGUUUAUAAAAUAAUGUUUGUGGUUUUGACAAUUACCAUCAGUACUUAUCUACAGGCUUUGGCAGCUUCUGAUGGAAUAAAGUUUAGAAGGAAAUGUUUGAAAGGGUAUAAAGUGACACCAAUAGAGAAUGCCAGUCUUUUAAAUGAUGCUCUUUUGUUAAGGGGAAAGAAACAUUUUGAAGUCUGCCUGUAUGAGAGACCUUUUUAGGUGAUCUUUAGACAUAAAUGGUAGGCGAGUUUUAUUUUUAGGUGCAUUACAUGGACAUGAUUAGGCAAGAGGAAGUGACAGUAAUACUGCAUGUACUUAACUCUAGUAUAGAAUUGAACAGCAUAUCACUUGCACUGCCAUAUCCAACAGUUGUAGUCUUUUUACUUUAAUAUUAUCAGACAGAUGCAGUGUGUGUAUCAUGUGAAUGUAAUUGAUCAGCAGUUUUAGUUCUUAACGUUUUUGACAAUCAUUUCUAAACUAACCAUAUUAGAAGCUGCUAAAACUUGUUUAAAGAAUUUUUGGUUAAUUGCCAUGACCAAAAUUCUAUUGUGUAGGGUGUAAAUGUUUGAAGAGUACUGUGAUUUUGUGUGGAUGAAAUUCAUUUUUGUAAGUGGAUUACUAUGCCAGGCAAUCCUAGAGCCCUCCGUAGGAGUCCUCAAAAGAAGAGAGGAGAUUGUAGAGCAGGCAGCAGAGAUAAUCAUUCAUGUCCAUUACCAAGAUUCACACCGUACAGAAGGAAAUAGUAACACAAACAUUCUUGAAACCAGGAGGUAUAAAUCAAGUGAAUUAAUUUCCAUAGGCCAUGAAAGUAUUCUGAUAUCAGCGUUAAGAACUGUUCAACUACAGUACUGUUAAUUAUGUAAGAAAUUAACUAAGGUAAGAGUUUUGUAACAUUGGUAGAAAGUAGAUGGAAUUUAAUGCCUUGUUUUAUAUUGUAAAAAAUUAUGUAACAGACAUUACUUGGCUUCUGGGCUUUUCCAACUGAAUGCCAUUGUCCAAACUGCUCAAAUAGUAAUUUGAGCCAUUUGUUACUAACAUAUAGUUUGAAGUAAAAAUCGCUGCAUUUCACCCAAGCCAAAAUAUUUCUUCUUUGAAUUUCUUUGCAGACAUUGUAAUCAAGGGAAACACAGAAGAUCAGCUUUGUAGUUAUGGUCUGCUCCUGCAUUGUCUCAGCUCAAACUUUAAUACCUGCUUACCCACAUAUAUUUUUGCACUGAUGCCAAAUUUUUGGUGGUCAGAAUGCUAGCAGAAGGUUAUGCCUGGUACAUGUUGCUGCUAAUAAUGGCUACCUGUACUAUUAUAUCUGAUGUUUAAAUAUAUGUUGUCUACCAAAGGGCUAAGCAAGGAUUCAAGUUCGAGUAUUUGCGAGGCAGCUAUUUGCCUUGGCACUGAAUGUUGGAUAUGUUUGUAAUUGUAUGUGCAGAGUUCCUU